AUGGCAGACUCGACGUCCAGAGACGAUCGUGAAAGUCGUGCUCGUGCAACGGCUCUCAGACAUGCUUUGGAUAUCGAAGACAGAAAGAAACUACAAGCUCGAAUCGCAGAUCUCGUAGUAGAAGCGUUUGACUUGCCGUCCAAGCCGGAUGCUGACCCAGCACGUCCCCAGCCCUCAGAUGCCACCUUGUUCAAAGAGUGCCUGGGGCUGUUUCAAGCGGCAGACCUCGAUGAUCUGAUCUAUGAACGGAAUGUAGACAAUCGAUGCGGCUAUGCACUUUGCCCAAGACCAAAUCAAAAACUGGCCCACAACGGUCAAAAGAUUUGGAACAGGAAAGGAGGGAAAGAUUUUGCUCUCAUCGAUAAGGCGGAGAUGGAGAAAUGGUGCUCGAAAAGUUGCCGGGAUAGGACAAUGUUUGUUCGAGCUCAACUUGGAACAGAGCCCGCUUGGCUUCGAGAGGUCCAAGCAGUUGAGGUCAGAUUGCUAGAAGAAUUCAGUCCUGAGAGCCUCUCCGACUCGUUCCAUGCACUAUCUCUCUCCAAAGGCACCGGUGAAGGGCUGGCUGGAAGACUGCAAGCGCUUGCGCUCGAACGUGGAGAACCCCAUGUUGCCGGAAAUCAGGAACCGGUAGCUAUUGUGGAAAACUCAAGCGAAUACACCCCGAAGCCCCCUCAGCUUGAGGAGCAGCAAGAUAGUGUUGAAGGUCACCAUCCACGGAAAGUUCGGUUUUCGAAACCCUAG